GCCUGUGGAGGUGUGAUUAACGAGGUAAAUGGAACAAUCCAAUCGCCCUCGUUUCCCAAUGAGUAUCCACCGGAUAAAAACUGCAUCUGGAAGAUCAUAGCGCCAGCUAAAACAAAGAUCUUUUUGGAAUUCUCAUCCUUCAUGCUGGAAGGCUAUAGUGAACAGAAGACGUGCGUGUACGACUUCGUCAACGUCUACAGCGGACCUCCGGAAGCCCAAAAGAAGGUGGGCAGCUACUGCGGCGAUGUGCCUCCAGCUCCCAUCACCUCACAUACAAACGAGUUGACGAUCGAGUUUUAUUCGGACGGCAGUGUCCAGCGCAAGGGUUUCCGAGCAGUCUUUUUCACGGAUCGUGACGAGUGCGUUGAACAUAAUGGAGGAUGCCAGCACAAAUGCGUGAAUGCAAUCGGCUCGUACCAUUGUGAAUGCAACCCUGGCUACGAAUUGUACGGCCGGCUGAACUGCAAAGAGAGUAAUUAG